UCCGCGGGGACGGCCGGGCUGAGCGCGACCCUCGGCUCCGCCGCAGCUGCCCCCGUGCCCCAGCCCGCAGCCGCUGGCCAGCCGGGGGCGCCCCCUCCUCUCUCCCCCCGGGCGGGGGACCGGGGGCAGCGCCGGAGCCCGGGGGGAGCGCGGCUCCGCCGGCCGGCCGGCCAGUACAGGGGGCAGCAAGGACGGCCGGGUCCAGGUGGAGGCCGCAGAGGUCCCAGGGCAAGCAGAGGCAACAAUGAUUGGUCCUGACGGUGGCUGAGCCCCCAGCCCCUGGAAUAUGCAGCCCGGGGGAGCCCCAGGCAAGGACGCGGUGGCGGAGUGGGGCGGGAGGCAUGGUCUCCACCUACCGGGUGGCUGUGCUGGGGGCGCGAGGUGUGGGCAAGAGUGCCAUCGUGCGCCAGUUCCUGUACAACGAGUUCAGCGACGUCUGUGUGCCCACCACCGCCCGCCGCCUCUACCUGCCUGCUGUGGUCAUGAACGGCCAUGUGCACGACCUCCAGAUCCUGGACUUCCCACCCAUCACCACCUUCCCUGUCAAUACGCUGCAGGAGUGGGCAGAUGCCUGCUGCAGGGGACUCCGGAGCGUCCACGCCUACAUCCUGGUCUACGAUAUCUGCUGCUUUGACAGCUUUGAGUAUGUCAAGACCAUCCGCCAGCAGAUCCUGGAGACAAGGGUGAUUGGCACCUCAGAGACGCCCAUCAUCAUUGUGGGCAACAAGCGAGACCUGCAGCACGGCCGCGUGAUCCCGCGCUGGAACGUGUCCCACUUGGUGCGCAAGACCUGGAAGUGCGGCUACGUGGAGUGCUCUGCCAAGUACAACUGGCACAUCCUGCUGCUGUUCAGCGAGCUGCUCAAGAGCGUCGGCUGCGCCCGCUGCAAACACGUGCACGCUGCCCUACGCUUCCAAGGCGCGCUGCGCCGCAACCGCUGUGCCAUCAUGUGAGGCCCGCGUGCCCUGCGGAGGGCAGCAGCAGUGGGGCGAGGAGCCUGCGGAAAUUGAACUCGCAGUCCGGGCCUGAACGGCCCGCAGUCACGCACCUCCGCUGAAAGGCCAGGGCGAGAGGGAGCCCUGCAGAACUCCUCCACCCUCCCCUUCUCACACAUUUGUCUUCCUGGGACAACCACCUUCACUGCUGUAGCUAGAGUAGUGUCCGCUCGGCCCGAGCUGGUGCCACAUCCUUCUGGGAUUGGGGGCGAGCGAGUGGCAUGGAGGGUGGGUGAGGAGGUGCUGCUGCCUUGGCUGGGCCCCCACUGGUCCUCUCCAGAGUGUGUCUGUCUUUGACCAGUGUCCUCCUUUUCCCACGUCUGUCUGCCCAACCGUCUGUUAGUUCUUCCUUGUCUUACCGCCCUCCGAUGUCCUUCCCUACCCCCAGCUCCACUCACAGGGCUCUCAUUCAGUUCAUCCCCUUGUCACAGAUCCUGGCAGCUUUGGAUGCCAGGCCAUCUGGCCCACAGCGCCACUGGCACAGGGCAGAGAGAGCUGCGGGUGGCCCACGGACCGCAACCAAGAGGUCUAAGGGUUGAGGUCCCAGAUCAGUCAGGGGGAAAAGGCUGAGCUCUCCUGUUCCAGGGAGACCUCCCUGCCCAACAGCCUCCAGAGACACAACAACCUACCUUCCAGCCUUAACUCGAUGGUCCGUCCCUGCCGGGUGCCCCUCACCACCUUCCUGACUCCAAAGCCAGAUCAACCCCUGGGUUAAAACUUUUGUUUUAAUAGCAUGGGGAGGGAACUUCCCCAAAGGACAGAUUCCUUCCCAUGAUGCCAGGUUCCAGUCCUCUAUUACCUCCUGCAUCAGGUGAUUUGGGGAGUGGAGUUUUGGGGGUCUGUAGGCUGUGGGUAGGGUGGUGCCAGGAAGGGGUCAGAUUGUGCCAGUGAUGAUUCUGCCUCCCCAUCCCACCCCACUCUGAUUACCCCAAAUUCUGCCUGCCUCAGAUCUCAGGGUACCCUGAUUCUUCUGGGCAGGAGCUGGGAGAAGAAUUAUGGGGACCGGUAUGCCCGGGGAAGAUAUGCCUGCAUCCCCACCCAUAGGUGGAGGCCCUCAGGAUCUGACACCCUGUGUCCCAACACCAGUUGGCCCUAUGCCCUAAGUCACUCCACCCCAUUUUCUCCGGCUGCCUGGCCGGGUUUCUACCUCUCGUCACCGGAGCUGAUCACUGUCAGUUUUGUACCGAUUUAGAAAUAACAAUAAUAAUGAUUCUAGGAAAUGCCCUGAGGGGUUCAUGGGGGGACUUGAAGAGAGAAAGAAAUGGUGCCAUGUCCCUUGCCCCUGGCCAAAACAAGUUCUCUUCGAGGCUGAGCCCUUGGUCCUGGUCCAGUG